UGGAGCAGGCGUGCGCGCGCCACUAGUUGCCGUUCUCACGUAGGCGCGGUCCCUGAGCUGUAAGAGCAUGAUGAAGCAGCUAAACUGUGCCAAGACUCCACCUUCCAUCACUUUACGUAUCGGAUCGGCAACAGCUCACAGCCUUCAGCUACGGCGAGGGCUUCGGGUAAAGCGUCCAAACGUUCUGGGCCCUCGGGGGCCACCGGAAAAGAGCCAGAACAACGGGACAAAUCACCGUCAUAAUCAGAUCUCCUGUCUGAGCAAACAACCGUGGGGUUCGACCCUGGUCAUCCAGCGCCAGGAGAUGGCUGCCUACUUCAGGCUGUUUGAUGAUGAUCUCAUCCAGGAUUUUCUGUGGAUGGACUGCUGUUGUAAAAUUACAGAUAAGUAUUUGCUCGCUAUGACUUUUGUCUACUUCAAGAGGGCGCGCUUCAGCAUUAGCGAGCACAGCAGGAUGAACUUCUUUAUUGCUCUAUACCUUGCGAACACUAUGGAGGAGGAUGAGGAGGAGACCAAGUAUGAGAUCUUUCCUUGGGCUCUGGGGAGGAGCUGGAGGAAACAGUUCCCUCGUUUCCUGAAGCAAAGGGACAAGCUUUGGGCUCGAAUCGAGUACAGAGCUGCAGUCAGCCGCCGCUGUUGUGAGGAGGUUAUGGCCAUCGCUCCAUCUCACUUCAUUUGGCAGCGGCAGCGAGCAGCUCACCACAGCGGGGCUCAGCGGCAGUACCGGGACAGAGAGGACGUACAGAUUCCGAGAGGUCCAGCUGCCUCUCCUGGGCCGUGCGACCUGUGCGCUAAAGCCUCACGCCUCUCACCGUCCCCUCUUCCCCCCCACGCACUCAGCCUUAGUCUCGAAGAAACACCCAAGGGCCAGAAAUUAGUCUGGUCCAACAUUAAAACCUCAGGCUACCGCACACACAGCCCAGCAGGAAAUGAUGUGCACGGUGAAUCCAGCCAAGGCGAUUCUACAGACUGGAUCAACAAGGACUAAAGUCUCAUCGCAACAACUAAUGCAUUAUUCCGGUGUAUCAGUACCCCAAACAGCCCUGUCUACACAUCCAGAGUAAAAAACUGUGCUAUGUUUCAUUGUUGAAUGAAUCAACUGUGAGAAAAAGUUGUGGUCAUGUGUAAAGACUUUAUAUAUAUUUCACUGUUCCUAUGCACUUUUUGUCCUGUCAGACAUCAUUAUCCAGAAUUAUUUAUUAAUCUACUUUUUACUUUAAUUAAAUUUUUCUGUACGGCACUUUAAUAGAAUUGUUUUUGACAAGUCUGAAGCAUGUUGUACAUACUGUAAAGAGUUUAAAAAUUCUAUUAGUCAUAAAACUGAAAUAACUUUUGUCAUAAGGCUUGUCAUAAACAUAUUACUGCAUUCUGUUUAAGUCGCAAUGAAAUAAAUGCAUUAGUGGAUUGCUCUCA